AUGGGGGAUCAUGUGGCAGAAUUUAACAGAAUCCUAGACUACAGGGAUGUGUUACUCCAAACAAAUCCUAAUAGCACUUGUGUUGUGAAGCUUAAAGAUUCAGAAUCAGAAAAUGGGAUGAAACAGUUUCACUCAUUUUAUAUAUGUUUUGAUGCUAUGAAAAAUGGUUUCCAACAAGGAUGCAGAAGAUGUAUAGGGGUAGAUGGGUGUUUUCUAAAAGGAAUUUGUAAGGGUCAACUUUUGGUAGCUGUUGCUAAGGAUGCAAACAACCAAAUGUAUCCAAUAGCAUGGGCAGUAAUUGGUACUGAAAGCAAGUUGACAUGGAAAUGGUUCAUGACCAUUCUGCAAAAUGAUCUUAAUCUAGGAAAUGGUUCCCAGCUCACUAUCAUUAGUGAUAUGCAAAAGAGACUAAUAGCUGCUGCAAAUGAAGUAUUUCCAGAAUGUGAGCACAGAAUGUGUGCUAGACACAUAUUAGCAAAUUGGUCACAAAAUUUCAGAGGCAUAGAGAGAAGGAAGAAAUUUUGGGCUUGUGCUAGAUCAAUAUUUGAGGCACAAUUUAAGUACAACAUAAAUGUACUAUCCAAGUUGGGAAAAGAUAUAGUUGAAGCCCUUAUCAAAUACAAUAAGGAGAAAUGGUGCAAAGAUUUUUUCCAAACUUUUUCAAAAUGUGAUAGUAUAGAUAACAACAUGGCAGAAAGUUUCAAUGCUUGGAUCUUGGGACCUAGGAACAAGACUAUUGUAACUAUGUUGGAAGAAAUUAGAGUUAAGGUGAUGAGUAGGGUGAGAAAGUCAAGAGCAUUUGCUGAAACAUGGACAGAUGGAAUAUCUCCAAUCGCAAUGAUGGUAUUCAAUGUAACAAGAUCAAUGCAGUGCAACAUUGAAUGGAAUGGUGAUGAUGGAUUUGAAGUGUUAGAAGGGGUAUACAAGCAUACUAUGAACUUGGGUCAACAAAAAUGUAGUUGCAGAUCUUGGGAAUUAAAAGGUAUCCCAUGUGCACAUGGUAUAGCAGCAAUGAACCACUUGAACAUGGAUGUAUCACAAGAAAUUUCAAGCUGGUAUAGAAAAGAGACAUAUUUGAAGACAUAUUCUCAUUUCAUUCAACCAGUCCCAAACAUGGAAAUGUGGCCUGAAAGCAGAAACUCAAUGGUUGAACCACCUGAGGCAAGGCAAAUGCCUGGUAGGCCACCAAAGAACAGAAGGAGAGAAAUUGGUGAAGUGAGAAAAGCUGGGAAAUUGCCAAGAAUGGGGGACAGUAAUGACAUGUUCAAUUUGCAAAGGAGCAAAUCAUAA